AUGAGGACAAAAAAAUCUGAUGGAAGUAAGAGAAAAAAAAAAGGAGAAGAUGCAGGAAGCGGAUCGGACGAAAGUUUCAUCGACAGUGUGGAGGAGGAAGAGUUGGCGGAAGCAGAAGGUGAAGAAGACGUGGUAGAUGCGGAAGAGGAAGAAGAAGAAGAAGAAGAAGACGAACAGGAGGAAGACGGUGAAGAAGAGGAAGGGGAAGACGAAGAUGAUGAUGAGGAGGAGGACGAAGAUUACGAACUGAAAAAUUUCGGCAUAGCACUUGAAAUGCCUAAGCGAAGGAAUAGAGGAAAAAACCUGAAAAAACUAAUUGGGGAAGACUUAGAAAAAGAUGAAAAAUUCUGGAAUGAUAGCAUUUGGGAGGAAGAAGAAGUAGACGAGGAGUAUGUAAAUUCGGAAGGGGAAGAAGAAUACAUAGAUAUAACUGAUUCCGAUUUUGAUGAUGAUGAGGAUGAGGUGGAAGAUGAUGACGAAGAAGAAGUGGAGAGAAAUGAAAAGGAACUAGAUGAUGAAGAGGUAAAACGAAAGAAGAAAAAAAUGUUUUCGUAUUUAGAAAAAUUAAAAAAACAAACUCAUAAUAAUGCAUUAAGGCAGAAGCUAAUGAUGAAGGCGAAGCAUUACGGGAGCAAAGCGCGUGGUGGGAAACAUGGAACUGCUCUCCACGGUGUGGAACACAAAUCGGGAAAGAAAAAAAAGGGAGAGGGCGAGGCAGAAGCGGAAGAAGCGCUAGAAAUACAAGGGACCGUAAAGAAACGGAAAAAAGUUGAUACUCCCUCCAUGGUGUUGAAUAGAUCUACUAGAGAUACAACAAGACAAAAGACGGAGCAAAUACAGAAGCUCUCCGAAUUGAGAAGAAUUAAAAGGGAAAAUCGUUUUAAAAAAAUGUACGAAAAUAAAAAAAAUAAAAAAAGUACGCAAAGAGAAAUGACAAGGGAAGAACGAUUAGAGGAAGCAAAAAUAACUGAGCAGUACAAUUUGCAAUCCCUUUUACAGUUACAGGCCUGGGAAGAAGAGAAAAAAAAAUAUAUUGAAAAUAAGAGAAUUAUUUAUCAUAGACCAAAAAAUGUUUUUAUUAGUUAUUCCUAUUCGAAGGAUAAAACAUUUCCAUCGAGCGAAAAUUUGAAAUAUGAGCUCGAUUCAUAUUAUGUGCAAAAUCCAGCACAAAUGAUCAAUGGUAGUUCUAUUGGAGGUCUCCUAGCCCCCCCCGAUAGUAACACAAACAUGACGCAAAAUUAUGUAAACUGCGACAAUGAUGUUGUAGAAAGUAAUGUUCAUUUGGACCAAGCGGAUUCAGCGUCCACCGUAAGAGGCCCAAUUGAUAAGGAGGAAAACAGCGCACCGAAUGAAGAAGAUGUACCCAAUGAUGUGAGCGAUGAAAGCAUAAAAAGAAAAAAAAGUGAAGAGGAUCGGGUGUCAAAAGAAAGCGAAGAUCAUAAUGAUGCGGAUAGCAAAACAAAAUUGGGAAAAUUCGAACCAAUGCAGCCGAUCCAGUUGCACAAUUUGGAAGACCUGGAUAAUCUGGAUCAGUGCGAAGAUUUACACAUAGAAUAUUUAAACGAAAAUGAUGAAAUAAAUUUUGGAACGCACACAAAGGAUAAUAGCAAAACGGUAAAUGACAGUGUUACAACGGUGAAGAAAAAGAGACUAAGAGUUAAAACACACAUGGAGGAGAAACAAAUAUAUAUUGUCACCGAUUCGAAUGAGCUGAAUAUGUAUAGCAAUUAUAGCAACUGUAAGGAAUAUUUGGAAGGAGUGAGAAAUAAAAAUAAUUUAUGUGCCAUCACCAAUUUAGAGGGCAAAUAUUUUGACCCCCUAACAAAAAAAUAUUAUAAUAACGCAGAAGCGUUUAAAUUGCUACGAUUUUAUCAUCACCAAAAGACGUAUGACCAUGUCAACGAACAAAUAUCUAUGAUGGUUGAACUUUUUACGAACAAGUUAACAGAAAUAGAGGAAAAUACAAAAAAUGGCUUGUUUGAUAAUAUUUAG